AUGGUGCAACCUAACCAACGAGUCUCCAAUUCUUACGUAAUUAAACGAGAUGGACGACACGAGGCUGUUUCUUUUGAUAAAAUUGCUCGCCGGAUUAUGAAGCUUUGUUAUGGCCUGAGCCAGGAUCGAGUAGAUCAUAUCGAAAUAUCACAAAAGGUGAUUGCGGGCUUAUACAAAGGUGUAACGACUGUUGAGUUGGAUAAUUUGGCUGCGGAAAUUGCAGCUGACAUGAUAACUAAACAUCCUGACUAUGCGACUUUGGCAUCUCGAAUUGCCGUCUCUAAUUUGCAUAAGAAAACUGAAAAGUUGUUUUCGAAGGUCUCCAGAAAAUUAUACAAUGCUACAUAUCCGAACUCUGGUCGACCUAUGGCACUGAUUAGCGAGGAAUUAUUCCAUAUCGUCCAAAAUAAUGCUGAUAUUCUCGACUCAGCAAUAAUUCACGAACGUGACUAUUGCUACACAUACUUUGGUUUAAAGACGUUAGAACGUUCGUAUCUUCUGCAAAUCAAUGGAGAAAUAGCCGAACGUCCACAGCAUAUGUUAAUGAGAGUUGCUCUAGGAAUUCAUGGCGAAGACAUUGAGGCUGCUCUUAAGACUUACAAUUUGAUGUCCCAAAGAUGGUUUACACAUGCAACACCGACGCUUUUUAAUAGUGGCACCUGCACGCCACAAAUGAGUUCAUGCUUCUUGCUGACGAUGUUUGAAGAUAGUAUUGAAGGCAUAUUCGAAACUUUGAAGAAAUGUGCAUUGAUUUCAAAAAGCGCUGGUGGAAUUGGCUUAAAUGUGCACUGCAUACGUGCUACUGGCUCGCCAAUUGCUGGAACAAAUGGUGUUUCAAAUGGCCUGGUGCCUAUGCUUCGGGUGUUCAAUAAUGCAGCACGGUAUGUCGAUCAGGGUGGGAAUAAGAGACCAGGUGCAUUUGCCGUUUACUUGGAACCGUGGCAUGCGGAUAUUUUCGAAUUUUUAGAACUAAGAAAGAAUGUGGGUGAUGAACUUGAACGCUGUCGUGAUUUAUUCUUUGGUUUAUGGGUGCCGGAUCUUUUCAUGGAGCGUGUACGCGACGACAAAGUAUGGUCUCUAAUGUGUCCUGCUGAAUGUCCAGGGUUGGAAGAUUCGUGGGGCGAAACAUUCGAGGAACUAUAUGUAAAGUAUGAAGAAAAAGGUCGGUACAGAAAGCAAGUACCUGCUAGAAAACUAUGGGAAGCAAUCGUUUUUACUCAGAUAGAAACUGGUGUGCCAUAUAUGGUUUACAAGGACACUUGCAAUCGAAAAACUAACCAGCAGAACUUGGGUACCAUUAAGUGUUCCAAUUUGUGUACGGAAGUAGUUCUAUAUUCUUCUCGUGAAGAAAUUGCUGUGUGUAAUUUGGCAUCUAUUGCUCUUAAUCGUUUUGUUACGCGAGAGAUGACAUUCGAUUUCAGCAUGUUGCAUGAGGUUACAAAAGUAGUAGUUAGAAAUUUGAACAAAGUCAUUGAUCGCAAUUAUUAUCCAGUGCCGGAAGCGGAGCUUUCUAAUAAGAGACAUCGUCCGAUUGGCAUUGGUGUCCAAGGCCUGGCUGAUGCUUUCAUCAUUAUGCGGUAUCCAUUUACUAGUGAGAAAGCUCGUGAUCUUAAUAAGCGAAUUUUUGAAACCAUGUAUUAUGCAGCACUUGAAGCUUCUUGUGAACUUGCGCAGGAACAAGGUCCGUAUGAAAGCUACGAAGGUUCACCUGUUAGUAAGGGAAUUCUGCAGUUUGAUAUGUGGGGUGUGACACCGACAGAUCAGUGGGAUUGGGAAGCUUUACGUAAGAAGAUUGCAAUGUACGGCAUUCGAAAUAGCUUGUUAUUGGCACCAAUGCCUACUGCUUCAACCGCUCAGAUACUCGGCAACAAUGAAAGUAUUGAACCUUAUACUAGUAAUGUAUACACCCGUAAUGUCUUAUCUGGAAGUUUCCAGGUCUUCAAUAUGCAUCUUAUGAAUGACCUCAUGCAUCUCAACUUAUGGGAUGAUGAUAUGAAAUUAGAAAUAAUUAAAAACAAAGGAUCGAUUCAAAAUAUUGAACGCAUUCCGCAAGAAAUCCGAGAUCUCUACAAGACAGUUUGGGAAUUGUCGCAACGA